AUGUUUUACCUUGCAAACUUUUGUGUGUGUUGCUACUGUUAUAGCUUUAGUGGUGAAGUUGUUGACAGGUGCUUUCUGCAGGAUCCAAAAUUCUACGAGUUUUUGAAAGAGCAUGACAAGGAGCUUCUACAAUUUAAUGAUGAGGAUAUUGGCGAUGAUGUUGAUACCGAUGUGGAAGAUGGAGAUAUACAAGUUGAUAAUGAAACUGGCGGGCAUGAUAUAGCAGAGAAAGAAGAGAAACCCUCAAAAAGUGUUAUAACAACGGCAAUGGUUGAUUCCUGGUGUAGCUCGAUACGAGAAAAUGGGAACUUUAGUGCAGUUCGUUCGCUUAUGAGAGCAUUCAAGACCGCAUGCCACUAUGGUGAUGAUGGUGGGGAUGAUUCUUCAACAAAGUUCAGUAUUAUGUCAAGUAGUGUCUUCAAUAAAAUAAUGUUGUUUGUGUUAAGUGAAAUGGAUACAAUACUUCGGAAAUUGUUGAAGCUCCCUAAUUCUGGCGGAAAGAAAGAGACCAUAGUUAACCUCAUGACCUCAAAACAAUGGAAGAACUACAACCACUUUGUGAAGUCAUAUCUUGGAAAUGCCCUACAUGUUCUGAACCAAAUGACUGAUACAGAAAUGAUAUCAUUUACAUUACGGCGCCUCAAAUAUUCUUCCAUUUUUUUGGCUGCUUUCCCAAGCCUCUUAAGGAAGUAUGUUAAGGUUGCACUUCACUUUUGGGGUACAGGUGGUGGUGCCCUACCUGUUGUCUCCUUUCUAUUUUUAAGGGAUCUAUGCAUCCGGCUUGGAUCUGAUUGCUUAGAUGAAUGCUUUAAAGGGAUAUAUAAAGCCUACGUAUUGAACUGCCAGUUUAUAAAUGCAAUGAAAUUACAACAUAUCCAGUUUCUUGGAAAUUGUGUCAUUGAACUUCUGGGAGUGGAUCUUCCGACUGCAUAUCAACAUGCCUUUGUGUUUAUUCGGCAAUUGGCAAUGAUUUUACGGGAGGCACUUAAUACAAAAACGAAGGAGGCAUUCCGAAAGGUUUAUGAGUGGAAGUUCAUUAAUUGUCUUGAGCUUUGGACUGGAGCUAUCUGUGCAUACAGCUCAGAAGCUGACCUUAGGCCCCUUGCGUAUCCUCUGACCCAAAUAAUUUCUGGGGUAGCCCGGCUUGUUCCAACGGCUAGAUAUUUUCCCCUUAGAUUGAGGUGUGCCAAAAUGCUUAACCGAAUUGCUGCUUCUACUGGUACUUUCAUACCUGUUUCUUUGCUCCUUUUGGACAUGCUGGAGAUGAAAGAAUUAAAUAGACCCGCCACUGGAGGUGUUGGCAAAGCUGUUGAUUUGCGUACUUUACUCAAGGUAAGCAAGCCAACCCUGAAGACAAGGGCAUUUCAGGAGGCAUGUGUUUUUUCUGUGAUUGAGGAGCUAGCUGAACAUUUAGCUCAAUGGAGCUAUUCUGUUGCAUUCUUUGAGUUGUCUGUUAUCCCACUUGACCGAAUGCGUAGGUUUUGCAAAUCUAGCAAAGUUGACAGGUUCCGGAAAGAAAUGAGGCAUCUUAUUCGUCAGAUUGAGGCUAGCUCUGAGUUUACGAACGAAAGGCGUAUGUCAAUAUCUUUUCUUCCAAAUGAUCCGGCAGCAACUUCUUUUCUUGAGGAUGAAAAAAGGUUGGGGGCUAGCCCUCUGUCACAGUAUGUUUUAACGCUACGCCAAAGAGCACAGCAGAAAUAUGAUUCGUUGAUGGAAUCCAGUGUUCUUGUUGGUGAGCACGGUUCUGUCUUUGGGAAUAAGAUACCGGAAAGUGAUGAAGAGGAUGAUGCAAGGAAUGAGGAAGGUGUUGCCGUCUUUAACUCCUCCUCCUGGUUACCAGGAAGUGAUUCCAAGGCUAAGAAGCCUAAAGAAAUGAAAAAGAAGAAAAAUAAUAGAAAUAUGGAAGAGCACAGAGAGGCAGCUGUGGAUGAAGACAUUGUUGAGGACUUGGUACUCAGUUCUGAUGAAGAUGAGUCUGAGAGUGAUACCCCCUCUGAUGGGGACGAUGACAAUGGUCAGCCAGUGCCUCCAGAACAGCCAAAAAGCAAAAAGCGGAAGAAGAAUGCAAAAUCUCAUGCAAAGAGAUCGAAGAAGAGGGCUAAUCGACAUGACACUUGACAAUUUAGUUUGCAUCACUCUAAUUUGUUUUAUUAUGUAUCCACCUGGCUGUUGUAAAUCCCAGUUUUAUCAAGCGGCUUCUAGUUACUGAAAUUCUUUAUGAGAGAUUUUUGAUUUUUGUUUCCGAUGGGAAAUCCAAAUGCAAUGUUAUAGUUUUUUUUUCUAUAUCCGCCAAGCUCUCAACAGAAUUUACAAGUAGCCAAGAGGAAUGUAUGGCCAGAUUGAGCUUUCC